GAGUGCCACGGCUCGCAGGCUGAGCUGGAGACCAUGCUGGCGCGCUCUCCCUCCUCGGCCUCCAACCGCGGCAACUUUCGGGGCUGCGAGACUCGGGGCGCCGGUGGCCUCGCCGCCCCCGCACCUGGUCUCGCGCGUGCGGAAAGGGAACAGCUUCGCAAAGAUGCUGCUGCUGGCUGCUCCCCGUCCUUCUUCAAGCCCGUCGUCGCGCCCCGCAUCGUCGUCGACGGCCGCCCACAGCUCAUCGCGAUCACCAACCGCAGCGCCGACCGCGAGAUCCGCGCCCUCAACGCGCACAACGACGACCUCAGCGACGCCCAGAAGAUCAAGCUCCGCGACGAGCGGGCCACCCACGCGCAGCGGUCCAACAGCGCCCCGCCCCGCCUCGCGUUCCUCGCCAUGGGUGACUUCAACUUCUCCGACGAGCCCUCGCAGUCGCACCUCGUCCCUCAGGCCGGCCAGCGCCGCCAGACCGUCGAGGUCCGCUUCCGGCAGAACCAGAGCUUCUGGCGCCAGCUCCGACAUCCCGACUUAUUCCUCAAAGCGUCACCAGGCGGGCACCACGAUCGGUCUUCGCUGCCAUUCCUGCCCCCUUUCAUCCCGCGCCUGCGCUGCGAGCUCAACAUCGCGCAGGACUCUGACCACGCCAUCGCCAAGCUCGCGAUCGAGACUCGCCAGCCACAAGAGAAGGGCCAGCGCCCGAUCGCCGACUUCGUCUUUCGCCCCGAGCAGUACAAGUCCUUCCUCGCGAAGAUGCUCAGCGAGGCAGAGCUGGGCACCAUGGCGGACCUUCGCCGACGCGACGUCACUGAGCAAAGCAUGACCCUGGCUGCCGAGCUCGCCCGCAACGAGCUCCAGCGCCCCCCGCUCGGCGCAGGCGACGCGCGCUGGAGACCAGGCGCCUCGCGCUCAGGGCGAUUGCCCGCGCGACUUGGCGCGCCGAUCUGCCUGCCGCCCGCCGUUUAG